AUGCAGACGAUUGGGCGCUUUGUUAAGCUCUCACUCGAUGAUUCCGCUCUUGAUCGAGCAUUUGAGCAGAUUAAUACAAGGAUCGACCGUCAAGAAGAAAUGAUUCAUGAACUUCAGCGACAAAUGAAAGAUCGACCUACUCGAAGUGAGUUAAAAGAUGUUAAUGACAAUUUACAGAAACUUAUAGAUGAUAAGAACAAAGAAACUAACAAACAAAUUGACACACUGAUUGAAGGCCUCGAAAACAAGUUGAAAGACCUCGAAACAACAUUAGAAAACCGCAUGCUUGAUACAGCUAACAUGAUGAACCUCACAAUUCAACAAAAAUUCGACGAACUCGAAAAUCGCAACAAUAACGGAGAUACCAAAAUGUCUGAUUUCAUCGAACGCUUGCAAGCACUUGAAGAAACAACUUUUAACAAUGGUAAGAAGCUCCAUCUUACACGCGAAGCCGUUCAACAAAUCGCUUCAUCUAUUUGUUAUCUCAAUAAUACAAACGCAAUCUUAGACAACACACUUCCAGACACACUAAAAGCAGCUGUUGGAACAGUCACAACAAAUUUCAAAGAUAUCUUCGAUCAACUCAACAAACUUAAAGAUCGUGUUUCAAACAUUGCACUCAAAGAACGACGAGCACCUCCACAAGUCAUUGAGAAACCAGUUCAACAAGGCAAUCCACUGGACAUCGACAUAUCAAACAUCCAUCCAUAUCCAAGUGUUACCGCGCAUUGGCGAGAUGCACCAGAUUUACCACCGAUCAAUCAGUUUAUGAACAUCGGCGAAGUUGUUGACUACAUCUACAGAAUGGUUCCUAAGUUACAAGCACAUCUUACGGCCAUGCAAGGCAAGAUUGUCGAAAAUGCAAACGACAUUCUCGGCAAAGUUGACAAAUCACUUGUUGAGAAGAUGUUUGAGAAGUUCCAAGCUGUCAUUGGCGAAAUGGCAGGUCGUGUUGAUGAACUCAAAGACUGUAUUGAAGAAACAGCAACAAGAGAUGAAAUCAACGCUAUGAUUGAAGAUAUAUUCAACUCAAUGACACAAGGCGGACAAACAGCAAUUGGAAGAGUUCGUUGUAUUGCAUGCGGUAGAGAAAUACCUCAAGUUACUGGUGCAACAAGCGAAGAAGAUGCUACAAGAAUGCUUGGACAACCAACAAAUAGUUAUGCAGGAAAAGGUGGAACAACAAAUCUCGGACUUUUGUACGCGAAGAAGGAUGGUAUGGAUUCUGCAAUUAUAGAAUCUCCAAGGUCUAUUAGACCAUUCAAGCCACAGACUGCUCGUCCAAAGACACCACGUUAA